ACUUUUACUUUCAAUACUUAAGUACAUUUAAUAUCAGAAAAUUACUUUUGAUACUUAAGUACAUUAAUUAUCAGAUACUUUACGACUUUCACUCAAGUAGUAUUCUAAUAGUAUUCUUUUACUUUUACUGGAGUCAUUUUCCAGUAAGGUAUCUUUACUUUUACUCAAGUAUGGCUUUUGGGUACUUUAUACACCACUGAUCUUUAACUAACCCUAAAUAAGUAGUUAUUUUGCCUAAACCUAAACGUAAAAAGAAUGCAGUUUCUAAGUGGCAAAAAGGGCCACGUUGCACAAACCCCAAUACCAACAUCUGGGCUUAACUCGUGCCCGAUAUACACACACACGCACACACACACACAAACACACACUCUCUCGGUCCCUCGACUCCAAUCCCCCCUCAAUCCCCAAUGCAGACAGCGAGUCCGUGAUUGGGUAACAAAAGCCAAAUCAAAGUGCUUUGUGAAAUAUGGCUGGGAUUCGUUAUUAGGUGAAGGCUUUGUUUUCCCCGGCACGCAGGCAGACCGGGGGAUUUAAGCCUCUCUUUUGCAAAGCAUACAGAUGAGCCAGGAGGGUUAGGGCGCUUUUCAAGUUUGUAGCACGGUCGACUCAGAGCCGGCCAUGUCUGGAGAGGAAUGGAUAAACAUUGGACAGAGUGGCUCCUAGUGGGCGGAGAAACAGUGAGAUGAACAGGGAAAUAAAAAAGUUUGACCACUGUCUCUGCUAAAAACUUUCAACCAUCUCAUGGAUGUAGUUAGUCAAAGAAAAAUGGAGUCUAUAGGUGAGUUAGAAGGAUUUCGAUUUGUGGGAAAUACGCUGUCAUGUCUGUUGCUCUUCAUUCAAACGAGCAUAAAGGGAGAACAAUAAUAAAUUCCCCCGUUGUUGUCAUUAUCCUCUCCCAGUUCACUGCACUUGAUUGGUCAGCCGGAGAUGAAAGGGAAUUACUCGUGCGCGCUAAUGUGGAUGGAAGACGCUUUUCCUCUAUUUUUAUAUUUUCCAUCUCUGCAUGUAUGUGGGAGAGCGGAGAGGAACCCUUAGCUCAAGGGCAUACCGUUAGGGACAUGUUGAAAACACGCAUUUAGACAUCACACAUGUACACGCAUGCACUCGGGAUGGCUUUCGUGGGGGCAAUGCGUUGCUGCAGUCAUCUUUUAUUCAGGGCAGCUCUCUGUGUGUGUUUCCAGCAUCGCUCUGUGUGGACGAGCUGCUCUCGAGCAACGGGGUUUAGGAGAAUGUGAUCAUUUAGGCAAAGUGUUUUCCUUCGCUUCCCCUUUUCUCUCUCGUAAACACACACACACACACACACACACACACACACACACUGUAAACACACGUACACACAUUCUGUGUAAACUGCACGUUAUUGUAGCCGCUCUGCAUAUUCAUAGAGGUGCUUUAUGUGCCAGAGCCGUGGCAGCAUUCCACAUCUAACAGCAGGGUGACACAGUCAUUUAAAUACUGCUCUCCCAUACCGCUCCACGCUCUGCGUUCUGCCUACAUCAAUUUACUAUCUAUAGAGAUGCAAUCAGCAUUUAAUGUCACCGAGAGGCAGAAUUAAAAGAGACGGAGGAGGAAGUGCAAAGGGAGGUGUUGGAGGAGGUCUCCUGCGAAAGGCGAGCCGGCGCUAUGUCACAGGUGGGACGGGGAGGGAGGAGCAGAGGGAAAUGGAGGUGAGGAGGUUUUUCUGUGGAAGGAGCCACAGCCUCUGUGGUGGCCUCGAUGACUCAGCGGGUGGAAGCCUGAAUAAUCAGAGCCGUGCUCUGGGUCUCUGCCAUCAUUAGAUUGGUGCACAUACUAAAUAUUCAAUGAGACAUUUUGGGCAGACGUGUUGGGAGAGCAGGCGAAAGGGCAACUUUGCCGGAGUAUGUGCCAUGUGGCGACAGAGAUAUCGGGGAUAGAGGUGUCGGGGGCUGCUCACUCUCCCCCUCCCUGUGCUCGGCCUGAGGGGUCGCGAUGUUGGCAACCCACCCCGAGCCGUCUGGAAAACAUGUAGCCCGUCUCGUGUUUCGAGUUUAUGAUUAAAUAGUUUACUUGAGCACAACAUUGUUCAAAGAUGUCGCCUUUUCAUUUUGCUCUCAAAGCGCACCAGAUUGAUGCAUUUCACUUUAAAAUGUACAAAAUGUAGGGUGAAAAUUCCUGUAUUUUAUCGUUUAGAUAUAUACGAUAAACCAUAUGUCAACUUUUGAUUUAAAAAAAAGCAUAACCUGAGGUUUAUCGUUAGCUCUAAAAUUCGACCAACGGAUCUCCUCCGUAAAACGAGUCUUCUUCCAAUACAGCUUCUUAAAGGUUUAAGAGAUAUCCAAAGAAAAGUCAAGGUCCUUAUGUAACUAUUGGUUGUAAGAAGGUCCUGUUGUGUGCGGUGCCUAUCAAGGCCAUCCUGUGUAGGUGUAUCUGCGUGGGGCCAUUUGUUCUAGAAUUGGCUCUUUUGGCUUACAAUGCUGAAAAAACCCAGAACUAACACACACUCACACAGAUGCAGGUACAGAAGGGACGAGGGGGACGGGGGGCAUAUGGGGUUGCUCGGGCAUUUGCCCAGUUGCCCUAUUUAGAACAAACUGCCCAUUUGCCUGCAUAACCAACGAUAUGGCUGCGUUCCUAGGAAAUGUCAUGUUUUCUCACAGCCAGAGCAGAUGCUGAAUGGACCCGGAUCACUGGUGGAGCAGAGCCACUUCAGUACCAAGACCGAGAAAUGUGUGCAGAUUUGUAACAGGCCUGCAGAUUUGAGGGGAGUGAAGUGUACACAUACUGCAUCCUACCGUCCGAGUAGGUGAUGUAGCUCUUAAUUAGCCCACUAAGCAGCAGUACUUUUUACCGCUUGAACACGGUCAAUAUGCUUAAAGGAGAGGUGCCCGAUUGGUUGAUGAGAAAUCAAAUGAAAUCACUUCCCAUUGACCCUAUAACUGUGACAAAUGUGCACCAUGACAAGUCCAUUACAACUCUAGUUUUGUGUGUUUUCCUUUAAAAGAGCUUCUACUCGCUUCCAGUGGAGCUACACCUCCGCCUGUAUAAGUGUUCACUAACAAGACAAUGUGUUGCAGCAAUUAGGACAAUAAGACCACUUCUCAUUCAAAUCUCUUGAUUUCUUUUACAAAGUAAUUCAAUUGUGUCUCCACAAAUGCGUUGCUUAUGUAAUACCGAUCUAAAUUGCUUCAGAUGGAUAAUUGUUUUAAGUUAAUUGUCUUUGUAGGUAAUAUUAGCAAUGACUUGAUUCACUUACAAAUGCUUUUAGUGGGUGCCUUGAUUUCUAUUUGUGUUUUACAAUUAGAGUGCCAGGAUAUGUUGUUUUAAAAAAAAGGAAAGAAAACACAGUUUUACCUUAAAGUACCUGCCCAUUCAGGAGUGGAUGCACAGGCCCACAAACACAACUUUGUAAAUGUUAGGUUCUUGUGGGCGAUGUAUGGAAUAUACCCGAUGUAUCUCGGCUUGUUCUUCGGGGAUGUGGUGAAUGACUAUAUUGCGAACAUCUUGGACAAAUGUUGCGUAUUUCUUUUAAGCUGCCAGCGGGCGUCACAUGCUCCAGUAUCGCCUAUAGGUCUGUGUAUGUGAGUCCAGGGCUAUGCGGAAACCUUCCUCCCUCUGACUCAGACAUGCUGGCACACUGCUGUGUGGAAUAACACAUUCCUCACUCUUUUCCCCAUCAGUCCUCUGUGGAACGGCACGGCUGCUGCUUGUGGCUGAUGUAUCGUUACUGUACGUUGUGCAGUGGGGCUCCAUUUGUCUCAAUUCUCCUAUUAUCAUUCCACCUCAGCUACUGUGGUGGAUGUUACCAAGCAUAACAAAUGAAUAAUAGACCGCAUAUUCAUUACACAAAUAAUAUGUGAGAUGGAGCGCAUGCCGAAAGUCUAUUUUUUUUUUUUUUACAGAUGGCCCUUUGGCGGUUUAAAGAGACCAAUGGUGUAUUUAGCUGAGGAAUAAUCACAAGCAUCACAAUACAAUUCUGUGGCUGUUAAAAAACACAUUGAUCAAAUGAUCUGGAUAAUAGAGGACCAAUAGGGAUGGAACGCAACAGAACCAUGACUGGGGAAGCGUUUCGGAUCCUUGUUGCUCAGAAUCAACACUGACCUGGCACCUGCACCGAGGUCCGGCCUCCUUCUCCGGCACCCCAACGACCCUUCUCUCCCCCAGCGACUGCUUUGCCCUCCAUCUCACCUUCACGCAGAGCUCCUGGCCUUGAUCAAAUCUUCACAAAAAAGCUCCUUUUAUUCUUUCAGGGUCUGUCUGCUUUGGUUUUUAAAUCCCCUCUUAUACUUUACCUUCCAGACUGUUGGUUAUAAUCCACAUUCUCUCACAAAAAGACUGAAGUACUUCAGAACAGACUAAAAGCUGGUGGCUGAACACCAUGAAUCCAGUCAUGUACCCCCUUCCACUUGCUCUAAGUAAACAAAGGGGGCACCCUUUGUUGUCCAGAACGCGCCCCCAUAGUCUCAUUACGGACUGGUGCCUAAUGGGUUUGCUAGGCCUCAUUGUGCUCUUCAGCCUGGCCUCGAGCCAGAAAAUGGACCCUUCCAAAAACCCCUUAGUCACCACCAACUACGGUAAGAUCAGAGGCAUCAAGAAGGACUUGAACAACGAGAUCCUGGGCCCUGUAGAGCAGUACCUGGGCGUCCCCUAUGCCACGGCACCCAUCGGCGACCGCCGCUUUCAGCCGCCCGAAGCCCCGGGAUCCUGGCAGGAGAUCCGCAACGCCACCCAGUUUGCCCCCGUGUGCCCUCAGAAUGUCCACGGCGUGCUCCCAGAGAUUAUGCUGCCUGUGUGGUUCACUGACAAUCUGGACGUGGCGGCGGGUUACAUCCAGAACCAGAGCGAGGACUGCCUCUACCUCAAUAUCUACGUGCCCACUGAGGAUGGUCCGCUCACAAAAAAACAUGAUGAUUCUUCAAUGAACAAGCCUCGAGACGAAGAUAUCCGGGACCGCAGGAAGAAGCCGGUGAUGCUGUUCAUUCAUGGAGGCUCCUACAUGGAGGGCACCGGAAACAUGUUUGACGCCAGCGUCCUGGCCGCCUACGGCAACGUGAUCGUGGUGACCAUGAACUACCGGCUGGGGGUGCUCGGCUUUCUCAGUACAGGUGAUCAGUCCGCUAAGGGGAACUACGGCCUGCUGGACCAGAUUCAGGCCCUGCGUUGGCUCAACGAGAACAUCGGCCACUUCGGCGGAGACCCCGACAGAAUCACCAUCUUUGGCUCCGGAGCUGGGGCGUCCUGCGUCAACCUCCUCAUCCUCUCGCACCACUCGGAGGGUCUGUUCCACAGGGCCAUAGCCCAGAGUGGAACUGCCAUCUCCAGCUGGUCUGUCAACUACCAGCCCCUCAAGUACACCAAGAUCCUGGCCCGGAAGGUGGGCUGCACCUACACGGAGACGGCCGACCUGGUUGACUGCCUGAGGCGCAAGAACUUCCGGGAGCUGGUGGACCAGGACAUCCAGCCAGCCCGGUACCACAUCGCCUUUGGCCCCGUGGUGGACGGAGACGUGGUGCCUGACGAUCCUGAGAUCCUCAUGCAGCAGGGGGAGUUCCUCAACUAUGACAUCCUUAUAGGAGUGAACCAAGGAGAGGGGCUGAAGUUUGUGGACGACAGCGAGGACAACGACGGCAUCUCAGCAGCAGCGUUCGACUACACCAUCUCCAACUUUGUUGACAACCUCUAUGGCUACCCUGAGGGCAAAGACAUCCUGAGGGAGACCAUUAAAUUCAUGUACACAGACUGGGCAGACAGGGACAAUGGCGACAUGCGAAGGAAGACACUCCUAGCUCUGUUUACAGACCACCAGUGGGUGGCGCCGGCAGUGGCCACCGCCAAACUACAUGCGGAGUUUCAGUCGCCGGUUUACUUUUACACGUUCUACCACCACUGCCAGACGGAGACGCGACCCGAAUGGGCCGAUGCCGCCCACGGAGAUGAGAUACCGUACGUGUUUGGCGUUCCCAUGAUCGGUGCUACAGAUCUGUUCCCAUGCAACUUCUCCAAGAACGAUGUGAUGCUGAGCGCUGUGGUCAUGACUUACUGGACCAACUUCGCCAAGACUGGGGACCCCAACCUGCCAGUCCCUCAGGACACCAAGUUCAUUCACACCAAACCCAACCGCUUUGAAGAGGUCAUCUGGACCAAGUUCAACUCAAAGGACAAGCAGUACCUCCACAUUGGAUUAAAACCUCGUGUUAGAGACAACUACAGGGCCAACAAGGUGGCCUUCUGGCUGGAAUUAGUCCCCCACCUCCAUAGUCUACAUGAGGAGCUCUUCCCCACCACGACCCGUUCGCCGGGAGGCCCUGGCCAUGGCACCCCCCGACCGGGCCUUCGCCCAUCUCGUCACCCUUACCCUACCUUCGCCUCUGAUCCGGAGCUCGAGGGUUCGGAGCGUCCGCACCAGAACCUCUUCCCUGGAGACACCCGGGACUACUCCACCGAGCUGAGUGUGACAGUUGCCGUGGGGGCAUCGCUCCUCUUUCUCAACAUCCUGGCAUUUGCCGCCCUUUACUACAAGCGUGACAAGCGCCACGAGAUGCGACGCCACCGGCUGUCUCCUCAACGCGGCGGGCCUGCCAACGACCUGGCUCACAGCCAAGAGGAGGAGAUCAUGUCCCUGCAGAUGAAGCACUCGGAGCACGACUCUCACCACGACAUGGAGCCCCUCCGGCCCCAUGACAUCCUACGGCCCGCCUGCCCACCUGACUACACACUGGCGCUGCGCCGUGCCCCCGACGACGUGCCGCUGAUGACACCUAACACCAUCACCAUGAUCCCCAGUACCAUCACCAGCAUGCAGCCUCUUCAUGCCUUCAACACUUUCCCCUCCACCGGCCACAACAACACCCUGCCCCAUCCCCACUCCACCACCAGGGUAUAGUAGGGACUAGCACGACACAGCGCCACCUAUGGACCAGGAAGACUGGCUCUGCCACAGAUCUAGAAGAGAGGCCCUCUGGAUGUGGGCCUUUGUUCUGUUCUCCUAUUCUCUUUCCCCACAAACAACUCCACCUCCAUCGUGUGCUGUCAAACUCAGCAGCUCCACUGGUGGCGUGUGGCGAGCAACUGAACUGCACGGCAGCAGAUGAUCAGUUUGGGGGUGAUUUAGAUCGUUCAAAGAUACUGUUUUCAAAGGUAUGCCGUUUCCAGACUAAAGCCCCCUGACACUAGUCAAAAGGACAAAUGCUUUUCGGCCCUUGCAGUUUUCAUGCUCUUCUUCUUUACUCUCCCUGGCGUGUUGCGUGCAUUUAUCGUUCUCUUUUCUACAUCUGUGUCUUAUCCCUGCGUUGUUCCUCUCAUUCAUGUGAUUCUCUCCCUCUCUCCCAGCGCUCUUUUGCUCCAGGGACUCACAAACGACUGAGCUGUAGGAGGGGGCAUAGAGUGCCACCAGUAAUCUUCUAGUUAGGAAAGCAUUGAUAUCUGAUACUUUCAUUCUACCAGCAUUCUUGGUGCCAAGUAUGUACUACUGUGUCUGCUUUCUCAUCGAGGGAGGAAAAAAAAACAAAAGAAAAUUCGAGAGUAUUCCUAUUUACUGUCAAUUAACAGAUGCUGUGUGUUCUCAUGACAAAGUGCCAAACUGGCCCUCGAUUGUGUUUUUUUUUUCUUUCAUCUUCUGUUUCUUUUUCUUUUCAAGCAUUUGUUUAGUUGUUGUUUUUUGUGGAAAGAACUUUUGCUGAAAAUAUAGAUAUAGAGAAAUGAUAUUAUAUAUAGUUAUAUAUAAAUGUGUACAAAGGAGAAAGUAUAUAAAGGGGUUUUCUCAGUGGG